AUGAUAGGAGAUAUAACAGAUGGAGAUGGGCAGAUCAAGGUUUCUGAGAAUCUGAAAUGGGAUAAUUCAGAAGAAGUUGAAAUGAACAAGGUUUAACAGACAAAGCCUAGUAGAAAAGAUUUUUGGUGCUCUGAAUCAAAUACAGGUGAGGAGAGUGAGCCAAUGUCAAGAAAGCAACAUAGACAUUGUCCAAGGGACAGUGAGGAGACAGUCCCAUCCCAGGAGAGGAUGAGUCACCAGAGACUUUGGACUGAGAAGCAACCCUGGACACAUCUCUUGUGUGGGAGAAAAUGCUCUCAGAGUUCUCCCUCCUCUCAUCACCAGCCAGCCCCUGAACUGGAAAAAGCUUCUAUAUGACAUAAAUGUAUGAAAAGCUUUAGCCAAGGUUCUUAUCUUGCUCAGCAUGAGAGAACCCACACAAGAAAGAAGCCUCACAAGUGCAGUGAAUGUGGGAAGGGCUUCAGUGAGCACUCCAACCUCAUUGCCCACCUGACGACUCACACAGGGGAGAGACCAUACCAUUGUGGGAGAUGUGGGAAAACCUUCAACCAGAGCCCCAGCCUCAUUACCCACCAGAGGACCCACACUGGGAACAAGCCUUAUCAGUGCAGUAUCUAUGGGAAGAGAUUCAACAACAGUUCCCAGUUUAGUGCUCUCCAGCAAGUCCACACAGUGGAGAUCCCGUACUCGUGUGCCCAGUGUGGGAAAAGCUUCAACAACAGCUCCCACUUUACUGCCCACCAGAAAACCCACACUGAAAAGCCAUACAAGUGUUUUCAGUGUGAGAAAAGCUUCACUAAGAACUCACCCCUCAUCCACUAUUGGUAUACACAUAAAAGUGAUACAUCACUGGAAGGAAGAGAUGUGCUGAAUUUGUAGAAAACCUGACUCAUCAUCUCCUUAGGUCAACAUGUGUUUCGUAGAGUGUUCUUCUGUGGAGGGUUCUACUAGCCAAUCCCUGACCUAGCAGUAAACUUGACAACUGGAUCUCAAGAACCAUGUCCAGGAAUUAGAAUCAGCCUAAGAAUGCAGAGCCCUUUUUCUACUUCUGCCUAGAACUUCACAGUCCUGUCAAACUGUGGAUUUCCAUUUUGCUUUGAAGGGGAGAAGGCUAUAAAACCCAUAAUUCCUGCUGGGAAUCUAGGAUAUUCUUGUUCUGAACAAAGAACAUGUGGUAACGGCCUGAGAACUGGGCCAUAUCAGGGAAGAAAUUCUACUCCCUCUUGGGGAGGACAUCUAGAAUUUUAACAGCCUGAAUCUGUUCUAAACCAGUAAUUGAUCUCUAGGGCACCUACUGUUAUAUACUACUGUGAACUUCAGAGAAGGUCACUAUUAUGCAACACAGCCACCACCAGAAACGGAACAAAGGAAAGGAAGGAUACAUUAAGCUCCCGAGUAAUACUAAGCGUAAGCGACCUAAUCUUUUAGCAAGCAUAAUAUCUAGUUUAAUUUUGUAAGAUUUCUUAUUUUACCAUCACUCCCAACCCAGCUUCUGGUUUCUUCUCUCUUAAACAGUUUUUACAAGUUUAUAAGCAUUAUUAUUUCUGAUUAAAAUAAAGGUGUUUCUCCCUCCACUUCCUUGGCCUUUGGGCAUGCGCUUCGGUUGCAGGCUCAAUCCCUGGCCCCAGUCUGGGCUUGUG